GUUGCGUUGGUCGAUUCUGAUGCAGGUUCAGCCGAGACACUGAACAGGGCAGCGACAUUGGCGGGUAGGGUGACCUUCUUUGCUGCGAGACGCUCUGCGCGGAGCUGAACGCUGGCAGCAAUGUCAAAGCCUUCGUAGAGAUUGAAAUUGAAGGAAAGGAUCUCUUUGUCAAGGGUCUUGCUGGAAUCUUGCAUUGGGGGCUCCUAAGCGGCAGUUUUAUCGGUGCGACUCUCAAUGAUCGAGGAGAUCGGCAGUUUAGUGAAUUGCUGCGUAGUAGCCAGAUUUGGCACGGUGUCGAGAACGAAGAGCAAGUCUCCGUCGACAUGAGCGAGAGCCUCAGUCUACUCCAUACCGUCAGGGGUCACAGUGGCCUCCUCAGCGCUGGCCUCGGCUUCAUCAUCGCCGUCGUCGACCUCGGUAUCGCUCUGCUCGUCUUCGGCUUCGAAAGCGACGAGGCCUUCUUCCUCAGCAAAAGCAAUGAACGCUUCUCCCUCAGCGAUUGGGUCAUCGACAAUGGCCUUAUUGAAAGCCCUCACGAUAUCAUCGCCUUUGUUCUGGUUUUUGUCGUAUCUGAUGAUGGAGAUCAUAUCGUCGUGAAAAUCGUUGACCUCCUCGGCUGUAAACUCGGGAAUGUUUCUGGCCUUGAGCUUGCUCUCAUGACGAGCCUUGAGGAAUCCAUCAGCUUUGAUGACUCUCAGAGUCACGGAAUCAAGCUUGUAGAGUUUGUUGAUGGCUCUGCGGCGCUUGUUGCGGUAUUUCAUGGCCUCAUCGAGGUAUCUGAGUGCUGGUGUCUCGUUCAGGUCACCAGAGAGGUUCAUGAGGCCUUCGAAGCUGUCUAUGCGCUCCGAAAGAUAGGACGGUGUAGGAGAGUGAUUGAAGUUGCUGACGAAUUCUGUGGUGGCAGGGCUCGACUAGGGCACCGAGCUGCAUAUGAUUGGGGCAGAAGGAGAUGGAGGCACAGGGAUAGUGCUUGUUGAAGAGGGAGAAGAAGAUUCUCGCUGCAGGUAGGUGAUUGAGUGGCAGUUGUGGGAGUGCUCAUG